GCCUCCACGCGUGACAGCGGCGCGGGGAUGCGCCAUCCCCAUGGCGGGACAGCGUUGGAGCCGUGCGCUGUGACACGGCCAUGGCGGCGGCUGGGGAGCGGCUGUAGCGCCGGUGCCUGUGGGAGCUGCAUCGCAUGUGACAGCGGGCUCUGGCCAUGGAGCCGGGCACCAUCGACAACCUGUCCAUCCUGUACCAGAGCUCCGACUUCAUCGUGGUCAACAAGCACUGGGACCUGCGCAUCGACAGCAAGAUGUGGUACGAGACUCUGACCCUGCAGAGCCAGCUCAAGCACCGCUUCCCCGAGCUGGCCGACCCCGACACCUACUACGGCUUCAGGUUCUGCCACCAGCUGGAUUUCUCCACCAGCGGGGCCCUGUGUGUGGCACUCAACAAAGCGGCAGCUGGAAGUGCCUACAAGUGCUUCAAGGAGCGCCUGGUGACCAAAGCCUACCUGGCCCUGGUGAGGGGCCACGUGAGCCAGAGCAGGAUGACGAUCAGCUACGCCAUCGGGAAGAACACCACGGAGGGCAUGACCCACAUGAUGUGCAUCGAGGGCACAGAGGGCUGUGAGAAUCCCAAGCCGUGCCAGUCGGAGCUGAUGGUGCUGGAGCAUGGAUCCUACAGCGGAGACCCCGUCACCAAAGUGCUGCUGCAGCCACUCACAGGCAGGACUCACCAGCUCCGGGUUCACUGCAGCGCCAUCGGCCACCCCAUCGUGGGGGACUUCACCUACAGCCACCGGCAGGACAGCAAUCCCUACAGGAUGAUGCUCCACGCCUACUACCUGCGCAUUCCCACCGGCAAGGAGCUGAUCGAGGUGUGCGCCCCCGACCCCUUCGUCACCACCAUGGACAGCAAGUGGGUGCCCCAGCGCGUCACCCAGCGGCUGGAGGACGUCAUCCAGGAGCUGAAGGACAAGGGAACGCAGAAAGAGGAAGAGGAGGAGGAAGAGGAGUGCCGGGAAGCUGCCGGAGAGGAGGAAGCAGGGGGUGAAGGCAGGAGGGAGGAGACGGAGGAGCAGCGGGCGCGGUGCGAGCAGUGGUUGGCUGAGUGGGCUCUGGAGUGAGCACAAAGCACAUUCCUGCAUUUCCAGCUCCAUCCCCACAGAGCCCAGCGCUGCCUCCACACUGCACUCACUCCCUGUAUGGCUUCCCUCGCUGCUGGGGCUGGCGUCGCGUGGGUUUUAGGAGUGGUUGAGGUGGGGUUGUUUUGUAAUGUCCAGCAUCAUUCUGGUCACGGGAUGUCCCUUUCCCAAUGCCGGGCCUCAGCAGCAGAGUCAGUGUCACAUUCCAGCUUCCAAAGUGACCCCAAAGCUUUCCAUGCCUGUCCUGGGGCUCGGGCACAGCUGGGCACUGCCUUUGCCAUGGACAUUCCCACAACCUCUCCAUGCUGGGAUGUGGAGUUGUAGCCCAGCACAGGGCAGGGAGAACCUGCUGGGAGCAGCUCCAGUGUUUGUGUCCCCCAUUCCCAUUCCCUCACUCCAGCUGCUGUGUCCUGUGGGAGGUGGGAGAUCGGGGGGCUGGAGCACAUUCAGGGGACACUGAUAACCUCCCCAAUCCUGGGGUGUCCUGUGAAACUGGACUGGGAUGGGCAUGGAAAGGUCCCUGCCCCUCGUCCCCUCCCUCCCUCAGCCCACCUGGGGGGGUUUUAAAGGUUUGGUGAAGGUGAAGGAGUUGAUACCAAUGGAUUUUAAACUUUUUUCAAUUUUCUAGGAAGAGAAUCUAGUCUUUUAGGGUUUGUACAAUAUGGAUGGUCUCAGGAAUGAGGUAUUUUUAGUACCUCUAUGGUCAGAGAGCCAGCAGCCCAAAGCUUUUUUAAUGGAUUUUAUUAUUCCUUCUACUAGCACUGCUUUUAUCCCUGCUGAGACAGGUCAGAGGACACAAAUCCCUUUCUGCUCACCCACCUGAGGAGGGAUCAGUGUCCUGUGUGGGUCCCAUGGGCUGGCUCCUGCCUGGCAGGUUUCCUGAGGGUCCUGCAGGCAGGUCCUUCAGCUGGGCACUUUGGGAGAGCUCUGGAGCAGCAGGAAAAGGAUAAAGCUGAAAGAAAAGCUGAGAACUGAUGGGAAGAGCAGGCAGGAGCUCAGCUUUGACAGAUGCCAAGAAAUUUUCCCUUGGAAGUGCCCUUGCUUUGCUGGUCAUCCUGCUUUGCUUUCCCCUUCCCUGCUCAUCCUCUGCAGCCCUUGGGGGACGUUUGGAAAUGAGAACAGAAGAGCUGGGGAGGGACAGAGGGGCUGGGGUCACACAGCCUCAUCCCAGGGCAUUCAGGAACCACAUCAGCACAGAAUUGUUGUCACCUCACCAGCCCCAUCCCAUUGAAAACUCCCCUGACGGGGCUCACACAGCUGAUACUCCCUCCCUGGGGAGGAAUAAAAAGUCACAGCC